CAUACGAGCCAAUCAGGCAGCGCAACAACAGCCCAUACGUAUGCUGAGCGAGCGCGUGGAGCCGUAGAGCUGCGCGAGGCAGUCAAACCACUGCCUGUCAUUAGAGAGCGUGACAGAGGAGUGUAACAGGAGAGAGAGAGAGAGGUAGGCUAAGUGAAGAAAGGUAGGAGGAGAAGACAGAGAAGAAGAAAAAAGAAGAAGCGAGCAAUAGAUCCUGUGCGCGAGAGAGGGUGCGUGUGUGUGUGUGAGAGAGAGAGAGAGAGAGAGGGGGAGACUGACAGGUGCUACCGAAACUAGACGAACCGAAGCGUCGAUAUGAGUGGUCAGUUUGAGGAAGAUAUCCACGACCGGGCCGAAAGGAAGAGCAGUAAAUCCCCGACGCUGCUCUCCUCUUACUGCAUAGACAGCAUUCUGGGCCGCAGGAGCCCCUGCAAGGUCCGGCUGAUCGGUGCGCAAAGUUUGACGGGUCUGCCCGGGAGAGGGGAGCUCGACAAGACGGCUGACAGAACAACCAAAGACCCACUUUCCCUCAGCGCAGAUAUGCACCUGCCACCAAAGCUCCGCCGACUGUACGGACCCGGCGGCAAGUACCUCCAUGAGCACACGGAGAGUCUGGACAGGGAGCGGCUCCUCCUGGAGCAGGCAAGUGAAAGCCUUAAAAUCAGCCAGGCGCCACAGGUGAGCAUCAGCCGCAGCAAAUCCUACCGGGAGAACGCGUCUCUGAGCCGGGGAGAGGGCGACCGGAGCCCGGGCGAGGGCUCGGAGGACGGCAGUCUGGGACUGGUGGAGCUCGGCCCACUGAAGUUCGAGGAGGACACGGGGAAGGAGGAGAGCUGCGGGGACCCGGUCGCUCUGUCCCCGAAGGACGAGGAGAGAGAGAGCUUGAACGCCGGGGAUGGGGACGUGAGGGACGGGGAGGACAGCGUGUGUCUGUCGGCGGGCAGUGAUUCAGAGGAAGGGAUGCUGAAACGGAAGCAGAGAAGAUACAGGACUACAUUUACCAGUUACCAACUGGAGGAACUGGAGAGAGCUUUCCAGAAGACACAUUACCCCGACGUGUUCACCAGAGAAGAGCUCGCGAUGCGUCUGGAUCUCACCGAGGCCCGCGUUCAAGUGUGGUUUCAGAACCGCAGGGCCAAAUGGAGGAAGCGUGAGAAGGCCGGGGUGCAGGCCCACCCAUCGGGCCUCCCCUUCCCCGGUCCCCUGGCAGCAGGCCACCCUCUCAGCCACUACCUGGAGGGCGGGCACUUCCCUCAUCACCACCACCCUGCCCUUGAGUCCGCCUGGACGGCCGCCGCGGCUGCAGCCGCCGCCUUCCCUGGCCUGGCCCCUCCUCACAAUGGCUCUGCUCCGCCCCUGGCCACCCCACUCGGCUUAGGCACUUUUCUGGGCACGGCUGCCAUGUUUCGGCACCCUGCCUUCAUUGGACCCACCUUUGGCAGGCUCUUCUCCAGUAUGGGGCCCCUGACCAGUGCUUCCACUGCUGCAGCGCUCCUCCGCCAGCCUGCCCCUCCUGUAGAGAACCCCCCUCACGCGGGCCCAGUCGUCCCCGAUCCUUCCUCUUCUUCCUCCAACUCAGCAGACCGCAGGGCCUCCAGCAUCGCAGCACUGCGCCUCAAGGCCAAGGAACACUCGGCUCAGCUUACCCAGCUGAACAUCCUGCCUGCCGGAGCAGCAGGGAAGGAGGUGUGCUGAACACUCGACACCAGCUUUAGGCCUCUCUGUCCCGGGCUGACGUCCCAUUCCAUGACACCCACCACCCCCCCAAACAACCCACUCAUACCUCUGGAGACUGAUGUCCCUCUUGUCCAACUGUCCCCGUUACCUCAAGAUUCCCCGACAAAAUAGCACAACCAAAUUAAGGAAGAGCAGUAGCUAUAAAAAAAAAAGUUGUGUGUUUGUGUGUCUCUGGUAAUAACAGCUAUUUUCACAUUGUUUUACACUGCAUACACACACCAAUCAGGGCCAAUCAUUUUUUUUAUUUGUAAAUAGUUCUAGAAAAUUAACAAUAUCUUCAAAAAUAUUACAUUUAAAAUAGUUUGUUUAUAAAAAAGAAAAUCAUAAAUUGAACUUAAAAUGUUGUCCCCAUAAAAAGUACAAUAACUAUCAAGUACUACUGACAAAAAAAACAAAACACUGAGUGCACACAGCGCUGUGCACUCAGGGAAAUGUAACUAAGUAGAUUUACUCAAGUACAAAGAAGUACUUCUACUACAGCAAUCAUCUUCAAUGCCACUUUGUGCUCCUGCUUCACUGCACUUCAGAAGGAAAUAUUGAACUUUUCACCUAUUAAUAAGUCAACAGUAUAGAAAAGUAAACAUGACUCACACAUUAAGGCCUGAGUUCUCAUCUUAUAGUCAUUUAUGAUAAAGAAACACUUUUUCUGAAGUGACUAUUUUACUUUUUAUACACCAGGUUCAUUUUUGAUCCAAAUAUUUCUUUAAUUGGAAGUUAUUAUUUUAAAACAGGACAUUGCCAUGUAACAGAAUGCUUUAGUUACUUUUACAUUUAGGAUCUGGAGUUUUGCACACACACACACACACAGAACACAGACAAAAAGCAGACACAAACAGAGACACACACAAUAAGACAAUAAACGACUUCUUGUGCUUCUUCAAAACGUGGACAACUCGAGUGUUCGACAUUAACUCUGCUUUAUCUGUAUGCAUUGAUGUGGGAUGAGACAGUGUGUGUCUGUAGAAAAGACGUGUUGGAAGAGGUCACACCCCCCCCCCCCCCCCCAAAACCCACCCAGAACCAAAGGAAAAACUGUCCAUAGACCUUCCAUCGCCUUCUGUUAAGUCUGGACUCCUCUCCACUGCUGGCCUGCAUGUCCCCCAGUCACACUCAGCAACACCACUGAAUAAAUAUAUUUUAUAUCUCUGAACCAAACCAGUUCUUUCAGAUUUCGGUGCACUUGCUGCAUUUGAGAUCCCUCCUCCCCCUCUUUUAUUUCGAGAGAAGUGGCAUUACUGCUGAGUCUGGCUCCAGGACAUGCAAGCAGAGUCGGGGUCUGAACUGUGUACUUUCUAAUGACCUGACUGUGUGAAAGAAAACUGUACAUAUUGUGUAAAAAGAAAAAAAUAGGAACCAGAAGAAGGAUGAUUUUCGAAAAAUAAGGUUGUGUAUAUUUGAGGAGAUCAUUUGCACUCAGUGUAGUGUUUAAUGAAUGUUACCCUGUGUAGACUUUCACCUGUGUUGAUGAAUUAUUAGCUUUUUAGAUCAUUAUUUAUGUCAAAAUUCCCCCCCCUGGUGGAGCAGAAUGAAGGAAAGAUGUUUUUCUUAUGAAGUGAUUGUAAGUUUCCUGGUUUAAUAAUGCUAAUUUGAAUAAAUUACACUGGUUAAAUGAGUUAUCUUUUAUUAUGAUUUUCAAAAUACUUUAAGACUGACAUAGGCCUAAACCAGGAAAAUAAAACAAUGUGAAAUAGAAUAUAAUAGAACUAUUAAUAAAGGUGUAAUGAAGAAAACGUGUUUUCUGUCUUCACAU